CCCCUCCAUGCGACCAUGCCCCACUCUCUCACUCACAUGUCUCCCUUCCCCUUCUCUCUCCUCUCUUCUCUCUCUUCACUUCCCCUGCAUCCUAUCAACCAGUUGCAGCAGCAGAUGUAUCCGAAUCCGACUCUUAAGUCCACUCCCAGGCCUCCACCUUCUUCAGGCCCAUUGGUCUCCCCCAUCAUUGUUCUGCUGGUGAUGCUGAGUCCUUUUUCUGUCACUGGUCUUAAAGAAUGUACCAACACUCCUAGCCAGUCUCAUACCUUGCGCGCUCUGUUAUCAGAAUCCAAAAACCAGACAUGGAAGAACGAGGUGAUGUCUCAUUAUCAUCUCACUCCAACGGAUGACUCUGUCUGGGAAAGUUUGUUGCCCAGAAAGUUGCUGAAAGAAGAAAAGGAUGAGCAUGAUUGGGCAGUGUUGUACAGACAGAUGAAGAAUAAGGGGACGUUGAAUGCACCUCAAGGUAUUCUGAGAGAGGUGUCUCUGCAUGAUGUGAGAUUGCAUCCGGAUUCAAUCCAUGGUGGAGCACAGCUCACGAAUUUGGAGUACUUGUUAAUGUUAGACGUUGACAACUUGCUCUGGAGCUUCAGGAAAACAGCUGGUUUGCCCACUCCUGGCAAGCCGUAUGGUGGUUGGGAAAGUCCUAAUAUGGAGCUUCGAGGCCAUUUUGUUGGGCAUUACUUGAGUGCAUCGGCUCGAAUGUGGGCUAGCACUUAUAACGAUGCUCUGAAACAGAAAAUGUCAGCUAUUAUUGCUGGCCUUUCAGCAUGUCAACAGAAAUUUGGCACAGGAUAUCUCUCUGCAUUUCCAUCUGAAUUUUUUGAUCGGUUUGAAGCAAUUGAGUACGUGUGGGCUCCCUAUUACACCAUUCACAAGAUUAUGGCUGGCCUAUUGGAUCAACACACUAUAGCUGGUGACCCUCGUGCUUUGAAAAUGCUAACAUGGAUGGUUGACUACUUUUAUAAUCGUGUACAAAAUGUGAUCACAAAGCACACUAUAAGUAGGCACUACCAAUCAUUGAAUGAGGAAACCGGAGGAAUGAAUGAUGUUCUUUACAAUUUAUAUAGCAUCACGGAGGAUCCAAAACAUCUGUUGUUGGCUCAUCUUUUUGACAAGCCAUGCUUUUUAGGCUUGCUUGCUGUGCAGGCUAAUGACAUUUCAGUGUUGCAUGCUAAUACACAUAUACCAAUUGUUGUUGGAUCUCAAAUGCGGUAUGAAGUUACUGGUGAUCCACUUUAUAAGGAAAUUGGAACAUUCUUUAUGGACAUUAUUAACUCAUCUCAUAGCUAUGCCACUGGAGGGACAUCGGUUGCAGAGUGGUGGAGUGAUCCUAAGAGAAUGGCAAGUAAUGUCUUGUCAACAACAGAAACUGAAGAAUCAUGCACAACUUAUAACAUGUUGAAGGUUUCAAGGCACCUAUUUAGAUGGACCAAGGAAGUGACCUAUGCAGACUAUUAUGAGCGUGCCUUAACGAAUGGUGUACUAAGCAUUCAAAGAGGCACGGAUCCUGGAGUGAUGAUUUACAUGCUCCCACUAGCCCCUGGGGUUUCAAAGGCUAAAACUGGGCAUGGUUGGGGAACAAAGUUUGACUCUUUUUGGUGUUGCUAUGGAACUGGUAUUGAAUCAUUCUCAAAAUUGGGGGAUUCUAUUUAUUUUGAACAAGAAGGGGACCCCACUCUUCACAUAAUCCAGUACAUAUCAAGCUCUUUUAAUUGGAAGUCAGGGGGUCUCAUGCUUAAUCAAACUGUGUCUCCUAUUACAUCAUGGGAUCCUUUCCUAAGAGUGACCUUCACGUUUUCUCCAGCCAAGGAAAUUGGCUCUUCCUCUACAUUGAAUUUCAGAAUACCAACAUGGACAAUUUUAGAUAGUGCCAAGGCUGUAUUAAAUGAUCAGAUUUUAUCUCUACCACCUCCUGGAAAUUUUUUGUCGGUCACAAGAAAAUGGAAUGUCAAUGACAAGCUAACCCUUCAGUUGCCCCUUACAAUAAGAACAGAGGCUAUUAAAGAUGACAGGCCAGAAUAUGCUUCUCUUCAAGCAAUUCUUUAUGGUCCUUAUCUCCUUGUGGGUCAUACCACCCGUGAUUGGGACAUCAAAGUUCGGUCAGAUGAAUCUAAUGCUAAUUGGAUUACUUCAAUCCCUACUACACACAACGAUGAACUAGCAACACUUUCCCAAGAUAUUUCAGGCUCAACUUUUGCUUUAACAAACUCAAAUCAAUCUCUUAUAAUGCAAAAAUUACCUGAACCUGGCACAGAAUCAGCUCCUCAUGCUACCUUCAGACUUAUUUCAAGUGAAUCUAACUCCAAGUUUUCAACAGUGAGAGAAGUUGCUGAUACAUCAGUGAUGUUGGAACCAUAUGAUCUUCCUGGAAAGCUCCUGACACACCAAGGAGCAGAAAAUGUUCUUGUCAUUACAGAUUCUUCAAAUGCUGGGAUCUCUAGUGUCUUCAAUGUGUUAGCAGGAUUGGAUGGACAAAAUGGAACUAUAUCCUUAGAAUCAAAAAGCAAUAAAGGUUGCUUUGUGUGUAGUACUGGUUCUGGUGAAAGUGUGAAGCUCAGUUGCAGUUCUGGUUCUGAUGCUAAUUUCAACCAAGCUGCUAGCUUUAUAGCAACAGAAGGAAUAAGCCAGUACAAUCCUAUUAGUUUUGUUGCUAAAGGGGCAAGGAGGAAUUUUGUUUUGGAGCCAUUAUACUCCUUCAGAGAUGAAACUUACACAGUUUAUUUCAACAUUCAAGCUUGAUAUAGAUUUCUUUUUCUCCUUUUUAGAGAUAGCUAGGGAAAUGGUUGGAAGCUGUAUAUGGUACAUUACAUCAUUGGAUGGAGUCAUUUGAGCAUAUUAAAAUAUCUCAAAUGGCAAGAAUGGUGAUGAUGCAAUGUACAGGAAAAUUAAAUGAAUAAAUAAAUAUAUAGGGAAAAUUAAUCUAUCAGUCCCUAUAGUUUAUAUCAA